GUUUUUUAUUUCUGAAUAAACAGCUUUUGUAAGGGUUUUAUAAUCGUUUGCUUAUAUUUUGUCAGGCUGUUUUCUGGUAGGUUCUGGCAACUUAUUUUUAAUGGCACAGGUUUGCACGUAGGCCUAGUUGAAAAUGUUACAAUGUUAACAAGAGACAGACAGACAGACAGACUCACGUGAACUCAGUCUGGCACGUGUUGCUAAUUGACACGAUCAAAACAAACAGGAGCGCGUGCCUGACCCUAGUGACCUUGUGGCGACCUCGGUCAUGCACGGGCCAGGUGUUCAGAGCCCCAGACAGAACGCAUUCCUGUCUGGAAUCUUUAGACGAUUCUGCUAUAAAUAGAUCGGGGUGAUGAUGGGUGACACACACCUGCCUCAAACCGGACAAGAUGCAGUCCUCCUCUUUAACCGAGCGCGAGAAUAGCAUCCCCGCAGCUGACGGCUGCUUCCUCAUGUGGCGCGACUACAUGGAUCUCCGCAGGACUCUGUCGCAGCUGCUGGAGCAUCGCGACGAAGGACGCGCCUCAGCUGAGGGUGGGACACCCGCGGAGGGCUCCAUGAGAGCCGGCUCCACCAGCAGCGCCUCCAGCACCUCUGCCUCCUCCAGCCGCGACCUGGGCACCCCGCGAGACACCUGCGGAUUCUGCCGACAAAACGGAGAGACGGCUGUGGUUUACACGAGUCACAGACUGAAAGCCCGAGACGGACGGGUCCUCUGCCCGAUCCUGAGGAGCUACGUGUGCCCGUUCUGCUCCGCCACCGGAGACUGGGCGCACACGCGCCACUACUGUCCGCGCAGGAACACACCGAGGACCGGCGACGCGUGAAUCAACGGACUCGCAUACUUUCGUUCUCCUGAAAACUGUAAGCCUGUGUUCGAAGCAUGUUAUGAAGAUAUGUUCAAAAAAGUUGUUUGCUUGUUAAAGUUUGAAACGUGUUUUUAUGGUUCCUUUGAAAAUAAAAAUAUAUAUUUUUCUAG